AUGCAGCCGGAAGCCGUAUCGGUCCUCGGGGCGGGGGCUCCGCGACAAGCCUCACGCCCACGCAGUGCAAGCCUCAUCCCUAAGACUGGCUCUUGUCCAGCUUCGUUGAAACAGUCGGAAGGAGCGGAGGAGCCUCUCUUCCUCACUUUUCACUACGUGUCUGAACAAGACACUCGUGACCUCCUCGCCGCUGUCGAUGCGCCUGCAUUUCUCUCUUGGGCUGGUCAGUCUCCGCCGGUCUGUGAAGAAAGCGGCGCAGCCGAGGUUCAAGCAGCGAAGGGCCGAAAAGAGAGUCGAGCAAGUCAGCCGCGCCUUGGAGGGCCAAAUCCGCUAAUGGCCUUCGUGGCAGAGAAGCUGAACGUUUCGGGUAUCCUCCGGAGGCUAGGGGCGUCCCCAUUCAAUGCGUCGACAGAAAACCCAGACGCAAACAGCCCGUCUCGCCCCUCGACGCUCCACGCUGCUCAGCCUCCUUCUGCGUUGCCGGAAAAGACCGGCGAACGCCCUGCCGUAGGGGGCGAAUGCGAGGCUCCGCCUGCGCCGGCGGAAUCAGACUCGCGCGGCGUCCGUACACCGCAGACCCGUCCCGGUAGCGCAAGUCACGAGGAGGCAGCUGCAGAGGCGCUUUGCGAACGAGGGCAGAGGCGACUCGAGAAAGCCGCGUCCACGAGGACGAGUCUCGCUGGGAAGGAGGCGGGUCAGGCCAACAGCCAGCAACCAGCCUCAGCCUUGGCCUCACUCUCUGGGGACAACGGAGGUGACGGGGCCGCGCGGCAUGCUUGGGGCGACGUGCUGCUCGACUCCCCGACAGAAAAUACAGACAGGCAGACAGGAACUGCCAACUGCGACAGUGGAGAAGGCGCCAGCGCGCUGAGGCUUCCGAGACCCAGCGGAGGGAGGGGCUCGGAGGGGACAGGCCGCAGGCGCCCGUUCGCGGCGGAGACAGAAGGGACAGCAGGUCUCCCAGCGGGAGGCCUGCGCCGUUCAGAGCGCUAUGCGCUCCAGUGGCAGAUUGUGGGUGACUUGUUUUUCAAUGCCCUCGCAUUUUGUCAUGAGGAGCAAUUCUCGGUCGCCGCGACGUCGACGUUCUUGGGAAUUCUGAAGAAAGUCCUGGAGGACUCCAUGUGUGAGCGGCUGUCUGCCAUGGAGUCGUUCAAGGCCUUUAGAGGUCUCCUGCUGAAGUACAGCGUCCAGCGUCCUCCAAUGUCCAUCAAAGUAUUCGAAAUCCGCGCCCUGCAGACCGCCAUGGCGUACGCUGUCGAGACCUUCUACCGGCACUACCAACUGUAUGUACAUUGCUUCGUUCCACGCACAUACCUGGUUUUCCGGCAGAGCACCGUGCCAUUUCUUCUCAGAGGCCUGAGAGCGGAAGCAGCCGCAGCGUCUAUGACCUCGGACUACCCUUUUGGAAAACGCGACACAGAAACGAACGCCACCGAGACGACGUUCAGAGAUGCUGCACCUGCCCUGUCUGCAGUACAGCGGGACUGGACCUGGACGCAGCUUCUCUGCGGAGAGGAAGGAGAAACAGAAUCACUGCCAUAA